GCUGGGGCUCGCCCGGCCGGUGGACUGUUUGGGCCGUUCCGCUCGGACCUCAGCCCUGGCUCUGGUCCCGCGAUGGAAGUUCCUCCCCGGGGGCAGAGCUGGUCAGCGUCCUCGACUGACCCUCACCCUUGAAGUCAGCGAAGAGCGUUUGCCAGCCCUCCCCACCCUUUGGCCCGUUUUGGAGUGGCCUCCAUUUUCCCGGUCCUCCACACUAGUGGCCACCCAGUCCGACAAAGGAUCAGCACAAUGAUGCUGGCGUCAGUACUGGGGAGCGGCCCCCGCGGCGGGCCUCCGCUCCGGCCCCUCCUGGGGCCUGCACUCUCGCUCAGGGCCCGCUCGACCUCAGCCACCGACACGCACCAGGUGGAGAUGGCUCGGGAGCGCUCCAAGACUGUCACCUCCUUUUACAACCAGUCAGCCAUUGACGUGGCGGCUGAGAAGCCCUCAGUCCGUCUCACUCCGACCAUGAUGCUCUAUGCCGGCCGUUCUCAGGAUGGUAGCCACCUUCUGAAAAGUGCCCGCUAUCUACAGCAGGAGCUGCCAGUCAGGAUUGCUCACCGCAUUAAGGGCUUUCGCAGCCUGCCUUUCAUCAUUGGCUGCAACCCCACCAUCCUCCACGUGCACGAGCUGUACAUCCGUGCCUUCCAGAAGCUGUCAGACUUCCCUCUGAUCAAGGACCAGACGGAAGAGACCCAGUACUGCCAGCUGGUCCGACAGCUGCUGGAUGACCACAAGGACGUAGUGACCCUCCUAGCUGAAGGCCUGCGUGAGAGCCGGAAGCACAUAGAGGACGAGAAGCUUGUCCGGUACUUCUUGGACAAGACGCUGACUUCACGGCUUGGGAUCCGCAUGUUGGCUACGCAUCACCUAGCACUACACGAGGACAAGCCCGACUUUGUUGGCAUCAUCUGCACUCGCCUCUCACCAAAGAAGAUUAUUGAAAAGUGGGUGGACUUUGCCAGACGCCUGUGUGAACACAAGUAUGGCAACGCCCCCCGCGUCCGUAUCAACGGGCACGUGGCUGCCCGUUUCCCCUUCAUCCCUAUGCCGCUGGACUACAUCCUGCCCGAGCUGCUCAAGAAUGCCAUGAGAGCUACAAUGGAGAGUCACCUAGACACUCCCUACAACGUCCCAGAUGUGGUCAUCACCAUUGCCAACAAUGAUAUCGAUCUCGUCAUCAGGAUUUCAGACCGGGGCGGGGGAAUCGCUCACAAAGACCUGGAUCGGGUCAUGGACUACCACUUCACUACGGCUGAGGCCAGCACCCAGGACCCCCGGAUCAGCCCCCUUUUUGGCCACCUGGACAUGCUCAGUGGUGGCCAGUCAGGACCCAUGCACGGCUUUGGCUUCGGACUGCCCACGUCACGGGCCUACGCUGAGUACCUUGGUGGCUCCUUGCGGCUGCAGUCUCUGCAGGGCAUUGGCACGGACGUCUACCUGCGGCUCCGCCACAUUGACGGCCGGGAGGAGAGCUUCCGCAUCUGACCCCAGGGUCCUUGGCCUGCUUGCCCGCCCAGCCUGGGCCACGUUUCCUGUCGGGACCUUCCAGGUCAGGCAGGGUCCCGACCUGCUCCAUUGGAUGCUGCAUGUUGGGUCUUAGGUCCCCAGACAGGUGGACUUAUGUGGAGCUGGGCUCCCCCACCCUCAGUGGGGUCCACUGCUUCCCUGCCUUCAGGCCUUAGAAAGGGGAAAUGGGGACCCCUGAGGCCUCCAGCACCAGCUCCAUCAUUCUCGGUCCUGGGGGGACCCCCACUUUGACCUGCUGUUUGUUAUUAAAGUUCACAUUUUGAA